UCCUGCUGAAUUUUCUAUUCAAAAUGUUGUUAUUAUGGUGUGACAGUAAUUUGUGACAGUUAUCAUUAUCUUAUAAGGUUUGUAGUCUCGUUGUUGUGGAGUUAUUAAAUUAAGUGUUACGAAGGAGGAAGGGUUAGCUUUCAAUGUUAGCACUAAAGCGGAACCAUUAAGCGGAAUGUUCUACCCGGUACAGUAUCGUGGAUGGACUGUGUGUUCCCCAGCUGAUCCAUCUCGACAAAAGUCCAGACAGAUCAUGAGCAAAGACUCGCAGAUGAGGGCUGCAAUAAACCAAAAGCUGAUAGAAAUGGGGGAACGGGAGCGGUUGAAGGAACUACUCAGGGCAAAACUGGUGGAGUGUGGAUGGAAGGAUCAGCUGAAAGCACACUGCAAAGAUGUAAUCAAAGAAAAGGGUCUGGAGCAUGUCACAGUGGAGGACCUGGUCACAGAAGUCACACCAAAGGGCAGAGCACUCGUACCGGACAGUGUGAAGAAAGAGCUCCUGCAGAGAAUCAGAGCUUUUCUAGCUCAACACGCAACUUUGUGAAAGAGACAAUUUACCGUCUAGACAUUUUUGUACUCACUGUAGAUCUGCAAUUAAAACCCAAACUGAUGUUCUCAUUGUGAGCAAUGCUAAAGUGUUAUUUUUAUUUUGUAAUGUGUGUUUUCAUAUUGAUUUUAGUUUGUUAUGCCACAGUUUUGGAAAAAAUAAAGUCAUGCCUAUUUUGGUCAA